CUGGGUAGAAGUAUCCCGGCAACCAAAAUGGCGGCGAAAGCAAAAUAAGAAAAAGUUAGUAGCAGAAAACCAGACAGCAAACAGAAAAAUAGGUGUAUAUACGUUAAGAAUUACAAAUUGAAUACCUUACAGGAUGGAACAAAGCAUCACGCCAGAGGUCAUACAGGCCAGAAGAACAGAGUCUCUAGAUGCACCUGAUAUCCUCAAACUGGUAACUGCAACUACAGACAAGCUUUUUGGCAGAGUGAACGUUGUCAACAUCAUUGAGAAGUCCAAUUUGGCUGUCACACUUGUAAACUCAGCAAACAAAGUUGUUGCCCAUGCUGCAUUCUUUGACUACCCAAAUAUCACAGGGGUUGACCAGGCCUCAUGGGAUACCUGGCUUAAGUCCAAGUAUGACUGUGAUAAAGCAACGCCACUCAACAGUCUGUUUAUGAACUACUUUGUGGCUAAGCCUGACUUUGCAUAUGGAUGUGCUGUAGAAAUAAUCAGGACUGUAUUCAAUGCAGUUCCAUUUCUCCACUAUAUAUUUCUUGCUGUGCCAAGGAGUGUUGAGACGGGUGCAGCCCUUACAGAGGUGUUCAAGCCAAUGAGCUACAAAGAAUCCUUCACAGGAAAAUUGAAUUGUGAAGUGCAAGUUUGUCAUCGACAUGAACAUUGUCCAAAACUACACAUUCGCCCAGCUAGAGUUGAGGACCAUGAUGACUUGAUGCCAAUAUUCAACAGACAAAAUGAUGUCUUAACAUCAAUGUAUGGAAAUUUUUUCUUGGCUGAGUUGAUAGAAGCACAAGAUUCAGAAAACAAGUGCUUAGUUGCUGAUGUCAAUGGGACUGCAGUUGGUUUCAUGAGCAUCUGUUCCCAGAUGGAAGCAAGAAUCCUAAACAGAUGUUUUGACUUGGAGCCAUUCAACAGAUUGCAGAAGACAGCAGAUAUUGGGGAAGAACCAGAUGAUCCUAUCAAUGGGGUCACAAUGGAGAAAGCAGAGGAAAAGCAAGAGCAAAAGAAAGGAAAAGAGAGCCCAGAAAUUAUACACAAGCUGAGUGAAGAGCAUUUGGUUCAAAGUUCUGAUUCAGAAGAUGACAGAGAGUCUGCCAAAACACCUACACCUCCUCAUGGCCCAUGCAGUGCAUUCUGUAUACAACUUUUCUGCAUUGACGAGAAAUAUGAAAUGAGAUCAAUUGACUUUCUUCCAGCUGCCUUUGCUCAGUUCCCAGAUAGAGAUUACUGCGUGCUGACGAUGCCACACCUUGUUUCGGAGUUCCCAUUGCUCCAAGCCUUUAUAAGAGUGACGCCAAAGCGCCAUAGCACUUUGUCACAAGAGCUGUAUGUCUAUCACCGUUGGGGUCUUAUUGAGUCUUUUAAUGUUCGACCAUGUAUCUCGUCUGACUCAGAUGCUAUCAGAAAAGUUAUCAAGAAGCUAAAAGCAUCAGACAAGAUUUUAAUGGACGUUGAGCAGUACAAUCGUGCUCGAAGAGAUCCAGAUGGUACCGAGCUGCAAGUGUUCGUUGCUGAGUGCAUUGGCCAGGUCGUGGGAGCAGCGGUGCUCAGGAGAGAGGAGGAUAUCGAGUACAUACGCUCGCACUACAGUAUCGAGGACUUUGUCUACUUUAACCAUCACCAGCGCGAGGAGCAUGCACACCUGCAUCACUUGAUUCUCAACCCUGUUUUCCAGCAAUACUCCAAGCACUUUCUAAAGGAGGUGCUUCGACUUGCCCACAAGUCUUGUUUGUAUUAUCCAGUCUUCCCUGUGUACGCCAGUGGUAGUGUCACCAAGAACCAUUCUGUUGUGACAUCACUCAAUGACCUUGUGCCAAUCGCUGCACGACGCCAAAUCAUUUACCCAGUUAAGGAGUUGGGAGGUAAUGCGCCAUCUGAGAGAAUACUACAAGAAAAGGAGGCCUUUGCGCUGAACCACUUGAACAGAAAGCUUACCCUGGAGCCUAAGGUGGUCAUCAACGCACGCAUUGUUGUGGUGGGAGCAUCAGAUGUGGGCAUCUCAUUCCUCGAGACCUUUGUCUUUUGCCCCCAUCUGAGGUUCAAUAACCUGACGCUAGUAUCACCCCAGGGCUUGCCGGGUCAGACCGCUCCAGAUAAGCUCGUCAACUCAUGUCUGCCUUCAAGCAUGUGCUAUGAUGAUGAUAUUUACGCAAAUAUGUCGCUGAGAACAUGGAUCAACGUCGUCAAAGGCUCUAUGACAGCUAUAGAUAGAACCAACAAAAUCUUGAAGGUUUCCGGUGGGUUUGGAGUACCAUAUGACUACCUGGUCAUCUGCACGGGCCAGCAAUUCCAGGUACCUGCACCCACUGGGGCAGACAUCAGUACCCUGGUCACCACGAGUGAAGUGCCUCGCCCCCGUACUGCCGUCUACCGGGGCAUGCUACCUGAUAACGUGUUCACUGUCAACUCACACGGGGACUGUGCCAAGGUGGUAAAGUGGGUCAACAAUUACUUCCUGAAUUCCCAAGGUAAAGCUCUCGUAUACGGCUGCACGCUGGAAGCCUUCACGUUUGUGCAGGGUCUGCUCUCUGCUGGCAUACCUGCCGACCGGUUGGUGAUGGUCCAGCCACCUCCUCCCGUCCCCUCCUGCUUCAACAACAUUGACAUCGAGGAGGCGACCGACCAAGCCUUGCAAGCCUCAGGUGUCGAGGUCCAUGUUGGUUAUGUGCUGGCCGAAUGGAAUGAUGGCAAGUAUGAUAGCAAUCUAUCAUGUGCAACCUUCACCUCCGAGAACAAGCCGCUAAGGGUUGACUGCCAGGCAUUCUUCUGCUUCCAAGAAAAGCGUGUGGAUUUCCAAGCAUUUAAAGCCAUUAACGACAGUUGUCUGGUGUUCGAUGGGAGGCUGGUCGUCGAUGCAAAUUUUCGGACCAAUGAUCCAUUCAUACGAGCUGCCGGGCCUCUCACUAAAUACCAGAGACGAUACCACGCCGAGUCAUGGAGUCAUGCGAAUUUUAAUUCUAGAGAGGUGGGAGAUGAGCUGGCGCGCUCUAUGCUUGCACUCUUUGACCCCACUCUGGAGGGGUUCAUGCCGGGGCCUGUAUCAGAGGAAGAGGACAAGCUAGUUCCCUUGUACAAGAAGCCAAAGAUGGUCAGCGCUGUGUUGCCGGGCGGGUACCACUAUCUUCAUGUGGGCAAACCAGGGCUGAACAUACCUCUUGACUCCCUUAUGGUUCAGCCGGAAUAUGGGCGCGAACUACUCACCGGAAAUGCAAAGGAAGCCGAGAGUGGCCCGGGAUACUUCCGGUUGCAUGUCAAUCAGUACCGCAGCGUGGAGACCAUCACAUGUUAUAGCAAAAAGUCAUUGGACACGACUAAUCUGAAGUGCUUGUAUGGGAUACACGAAAGGUACUUGAACAACUUGCUGCAGAGAUUCGACGAAGGACUAAUCCAAGACUUCUACAGCUUUUUCCAAGAGUCUUGGUGCCUCGCCGUCUUCCACGACAGAUUCAACGAUUUCAGGGAAGAGAUCCGUGAAUUACUUGUCAAUAAACCGUCCGACGACGUUCUCUCACUCGAGGAGAAGGUGCGCAAGAUGAUCGACGAGGAUCUGGUGUUGUCCAAGGAUCAGCGACGCAACCUGUCAGACAACUACGUCUCCUCUCCGGCCAAGAAAGCUAUCGAGCAGCGAUUACUGAGCUUCCUCAGCUACAAUGGUUACCACUUACCUAUGUAUGCCAAACCGGGAAUGGUGUAGUAACCCGUAUUCUCAGCUUGGUCUUGCCUGACCUGGAACAUUAAUCAGUGAAGUGUUGAAUUGUAGCUACGAGGACGAUUAUAAGAUAUCCGUUAAUAAAAGUAUUAUGUACAUUCAAUUUUUAACAGGUCGUAUAGGUAUUUGAAUGUAAAAUACAAGCGUGAUGAAUAAAACUCCAAAUUUUA